AUGUUGCAAAGGGAAAUGGGAAUCGGGCUAAUUGAAGCGAGAUACCUGGCUUACUACACACAUAAACGUACCCAAGUAGUGUUUUUGGAUCAAAACAAUCCUACGGUGCUGCCAAGGAGAUCAAACUUUCAGUCGCCUGCGCUAGGCGACUCCAAGAAAGCCUCCAAGAACGACUCCAAGACAGAGAUACUCCAAGUCUCCAACCCAAAGUUGGACCCGAUUAAGACUGAAGUUCGAGAAACAUGUUUGGCAGCAAGGUAUCAACAACCACCCCCCGAACUGGGCCAAGAUACCCGACGGUCCUUUUCCGGCCGAGCAGUUCCUUCCCCCGCCCCCCGUUUGGCCCCCAAAUUCAAACCGUCUCAAUUACCGGCCAGGCGGAUUGAAUUGGGCGUGUUGUGGGCCACAGCCGCGCUGGGCGUGAGCUCCAAGGUAGCCUCUAGCUACGCACCUAGCCACCUACGGUGGUCUACCCGUACUCCGUACCUAAUCCACUGUCUGUCCCAUUUGCCUGCCGCGAGUCAAGCAAGUGGGUAA